ACGCUUAAUUUCAAACUCCCGCUCCAUCGACGCCCUCUAAUUCGGCUAGCGUUGCCUGGCAGUGCAUCGCACGUGUGUUUUGCAGCUCUCCGACGCCGGUUCAGAAGCGAGAUUUGUGACAAAUACAUCACCUUUACUCGUUUAUUCCACAGUCGAGCAGCAUGGGGCGCCGCUCAUCCAGCAGCGACGAGGGAAGCAGGAGCCGGAAGAAACGUAAACAACGUCGCCGUUCAUCGUCGUCGUCCUCCUCCUCCUCCUCCUCUUCUGGAAGCAGACUGACCAGCAGCAGGAGCCACCGGUCCAACCGCCGCAGCCGCUCACGGUCCAGGGACAGGAGACGGAAGAGACGUUCAAACAGCAGCUCGUCUCACAGUUCAUCUCGCAGGAGGAGGAGUCGUAGCGGCGACAAGGGGAGGAGCCACCGCUCACACAGGUCACGCAGCAGAGACAGAAGGUCCCACUCUCGUCACCGGCGCUCCCGCAGCAAGAGCGGCAGUCGCCGAGGGAGCCACGGCCGCCGUAGGAGCCGCAGCCGCAGCCGAGACCGGAGCAACCGCGGCCGACACAAGGGCCGCGACAAAGACAAAGAGAGGGACCGGGGACGUAACCAAGGCAAGGACAAGGCAGAGAAAAAGGGGGACACCGCCAGCAUGGAAGCAAGAUUAGAGCAUCUGACGCCAGCAGAGCAGGCCAAGGUUCGAAUGCAGAUGGUCCUGGAGGCUGCAGCCAAGACCGAUGAAGUUCUCAAGGCCAAAAUAGCCAAGCAAGAGGAAGAGAUGCGAAAAAAGUUGGAUACAGAUGGACCUUCUCUGGAGGAGCAAGUGCAAAGGAUAAAGGACAUCGAGGCCAUCGAAAGCGACUCCUUUGUUCCGCAGGCUUUCAAAUCAUCCCGGGAUGAUAUCAAGAUCGAGCAGGAGCCUGACCUGACGGACGACGUGGACAUGAGUCUCCCCACGUCCAUCAUCUACAACGAGACGGGUACUCUGGCUCAUCCUGCUCUGUUCAUGGACAAAGAGAAGGCCGAGGAGCUGUGGCUCACCCGACUGCGGUCUCUGCGCCAGGAGAGGCUCAUGGGAAUUCCUGUGUCCUAACCACCCUGCAGCGUUUUCAUCUUGAGUCCCAUCACCUCCUGUCACAGGCAAUUGAGCUCCACAUGUUUUUGUAGCAAGUGUGGUCAAUCUUAGUGCAAGCGCACUAUUAAUACAAAUAAAGUGUAGGUUUUUUGUUACUA